GUUUAAAAAAAAAGCAGCGACGUUUCCUCGUGCUCACCCGGUCAUUAUCAAGCAGUCACCUGAUUCACUCUGCCGAAAGUUUCCAAACUCUAAGGCUGGGUUCACACUGUGGAAUUUUUGCCGCAGAUCGAGAACUAGGACCGCGUGGACUACAUUGCCGUCCCCAUAGAUGACAAUGCGUUUCUGAGCAGAUCUCCCAAAAGAUCCACCCAGAAAUGCAAUGCAGUCUGCUCGGUCCUAGCGCCGCCAGCUCGAUCUCCGGCAGAAAUUCUACCCAGAAAUACUGCAGUGUGAACCCGGCCUGAAGAUCAAGAUUCUUAUCUCUCCAAUACAGGUUCAUACAUUGUAAAAUCUUAUUAUACCAAGAAUGGAGCAAGAGCGGAAAGAGAAGACGAUACUACACCUCACCCUGGAGAUCAUCUACCUGCUGACCGGAGAGGAUUACACAGUAGUGAAGAAGACAUCUGGAGAGUGUGUGGCCCCCAGCAGGUCAGGAGGAUGGAGCAGGGCCCGGGGCCCCAUCACGGAGCCUCCACCUCCCUCACUGAUACCUGAGAGGAACAAUGAGCAGAAGAUCCUAGAACUCACCCACAAGAUGAUGGAGCUGCUGACUGGAGAGGUUCCUAUAAGGUGUCAGGAUGUCACUGUCUAUUUCUCCAUGGAGGAGUGGGAGUAUAUAGAAGGACACAAGGAUCUGUACCAGGACAUAGUCAUGAUGGAGGACCACCGGCCCCGAACAUCACCACCGGAUGGAUCCAGGAAGAGGAACCCACCAGAGAGAUGUCCUGCUCCUCUGGAUUCCCAGGACUGUCCGGGGGGAGAUGACAAUGUCCUAGAGGAUGAUCAGGAUGAAAAUCUCUUAGACCUUAAAAUUGAAGUUGUUGAGGAAGAAGAAGAAGAAGAAGAAGAAGAAGAUGAAAUGGAUGUGAGGAGGGAUCGGGCGUGUAAGGAAGAGGACAUUCCUACUGAUAUUAGUCCAGGUGGUCACGGCAAAGACUUGGGACAAAGCCAUUUUCCCUCUCUAGUCCCUGAGGGAGACGAGAAUAAUUUCCCACGAGAUCCUCAGUUUAUAUGUUCAGGAUGUGGGACAUGGUUUACACCUGAAUCAGAUCAGAAAACUCAGACAAUAGAGACACAGAUUCCAUGUUCAGAAUGUAGGAAAUGUCAUAAGCAGAGGUCUGCUCCUAUCCAGCUGUCGGUUCCUACUGAACGUACGAAGACUCACUCAGGGAAGAAAAUUAUUUCAUGUUUGGACUGCGGACGCAGCUUUACCAAGAGAUCCCAUCUGGUGGAGCAUAAGAAAAUCCACACGGGGGAGAAACUCUUUUCAUGUUCUGAAUGUGGUAAAUCUUUUACCAAGAAAUCAAAUCUAGUACAACAUCAGAAACUCCACACGGGAGAGAAGCCGUAUUCAUGUUCUGAAUGUGGAAAGAAAUUCACUAAGAAAUAUGGCCUACUUAACCAUCAUUGGAUUCACAGAGGCGAGAAGCCGUUUUCAUGUCCCGAAUGUGAGAAAUCUUUUACCCAGAAAUCAGAUCUUGUUAAGCACCAGAGAAGUCACACGGGGGAGAGGCCGUAUAAAUGUAGGAAAUGUUCAAACCCAAAGUCAGAUCUUACUGGACACCAGAGAAUCCACACAGGAGAGAAGCCGUUUUCAUGUCUGGAAUGUAGCCGCAGUUUUACCAAGAAAUCACAUCUAGAUGAACAUAAGAAAAUCCACACAGGGGAGAAACUGUUCUCUUGUUCCGAAUGUGGUAAAUCUUUUACCAAGAAAUCAAAUCUAGUACAACAUAAGAAAAUCCACACCGGGAAGAAGCCGUAUUCCUGCUCUGAAUGUGGAAAAAGUUUCACCAAGAAGUAUGGUCUAAUUAACCAUAAUUGGACUCACACGGGAGAGAAGCCAUUUUCAUGUCCCGAUUGUGGAAAAUCUUUUACCCAGAAAUCAGACCUUGCCAAACAUCACAGGACUCACACGGGGGAGAAGCCAUUUUCAUGUUUGGAAUGUGGAAAACGCUUUUCCCAGAAAUCAGAUCUGAUUAAACAUCAAAAAAUCCACACCGGAGAAAAGCCAUAUUCAUGUUCCGAAUGUGGGAAAGGUUUUACCAUGAGAUCGGAUCUUAUUAAACAUCAGAGAACUCACACAGGAGAGAAACCUUUUCCAUGUCCCGAAUGUGGUAAAUCUUUCACCCAGAAUUCAGAUCUGGUCAAACAUUAUAGAAGUCACACGGGGGAGCAGCCAUAUUCCUGUUUGGAAUGUGGUAGACGUUUUACCCUAAAAUCGGGUCUUGUUAAGCAUCAGAGUAUCCACACAGGAGAGAAACCGUUUACAUGUUCAGAAUGUUGGAAAUGCUUUUCAAAGAAAACAUCUCUCAUGAAACAUCAGAGAAUUCACACAGGGGAGAGGCCAUUUCCGUGUUUGGUAUGCGGAAAAAGUUUUACCCAGAAAUGUGUCCUUGUUAAACAUCAAAGGAUCCAUCAGGAGGCGGAGCUUGGUCCUGAGGUCUUUCAGAAUAGAAGUCUCUCCAGUUCUUAAAGGGGUACUCUGCUGCUAGACAUCUUAUCUCUUAUCCAAAGGAUAAGAUGUCUGAUCACGGGGGUCCCCCUUCAAUCUCCUGCAGUGGUCGGGAUGUCAUAGCCACGCCCCCUCCACUCAUGUCUAUGGGAGGAGCUUGUCUACCGAUACGCCCUCUCCCAUAGACAUGAAUGGUGUGACCUCACGAGGGGCGUGGUCAUGACGUCACCAUCACAGCCUCAAACAAAAUGUUUAGAGCGCUGGAGCACCGGAGUGCCCUAAGGGAAACGGACAUCGAUCUUUGACCCUUGUAAUAAACUUUCAUGAUGAGAUGGUUGAGAAGAAAAGGACUGCGCGGUGGAGUCUCAAUGUCAUCUUAAAGGGGUCAUCUACAAUCAGCCCCGAGAGCUAGUACAAAUAUUUUAUUACUCUAUGCAUCCCACAAGUGUUUUUUGGUUUAUUUAAGUGCCAUGUUUACUGUAUAUACCUGAAGGAGGUUAUAAACGAUGCUAUCGAUUUCUUGUACAGAUAAAUUAUGAUCCUGUCGAUACCAAAUACAG